AUGAGAUUUACUUCCACGAAUAUGCAUGCUAGAAAGAUGCUAUUUGCUGCUAUUCCAUCUAUUUGUGCAUUAAGUUCGAAGAAGAUCUCAAUCUAUAAUGAAGAAAUGAUAGUAGCUCGUUGUUUUAUAGGCUUUAUCAUAUUGAGUCGUAAGAGUUUAGGCAAUACUUUCAAAGUGACUCUCGACGGUAGAAUCCAGGCUAUUCAGGAAGAAUCGCAGCUAAAGAGGAAGAAAAGAGCACUUUUCAUCAAAUUGACUUUCUUUUUGAUGUUAGUUGUACUUUUCUUUCUCUUUAGCUGGUGGGCCCAGGAGUGGGAGUUCUUUGGGAUGGUAUCCACACGAGUAGGGCGGGCUCUUUUUAUUAAAGGUGUAAGCUCCUUAAUGCCCGAAGUGUGGAUAAGUUGCGGAGCCAGUUUCGUUGCUUCGGCGCUAGGUGGGGCUCUUAUCUCUUGCAUGGAGGGGGGAGUACCUCUUCCGGCCGGGACGUCUGGCGCAGGAAGCUCCGGCGCAGGGGGGAUGGGAGAACUCACUGGCAUGAAUGCCCCUGCUUCAUCGAGUGGGAUACGACCCCCAUUUGAUCUUAACAUGGCUCCGGACCCGGAGCCGGAACCUUCCUCUUCACCCGGCCUCAAAAAUAGAAUUAUCGAGGCGGAGUUAGAAGAGGCCCAGAAAGAACUUCGCUUCUGGGAAGAGAAAGGAAGGCACUAUUUUAAGGAGGAGGCCCGCCUCUAUCGUGCCGGGCUGGAGGGAGAGAAGAUGGAAAAAGAAUUCUAUUCUCUCGAAAGAAGGGUCGAGAAUCUCCGCCUGGAGCAUAGGCGGCUGCUUUCACUAAUCGCAUCGCGUCGGGGCUAG